AUGGCCAGCAAGUGUGUGAAGUUCUUGCUGUCUCUUCUUCGUGCUGUCCCGGUUAUAUUCGUUACGACGAUCGUCGUCUGGUCCUACUACGCCUACACCAUCCAGUUAUGCUUGUUUAAUGUUGAGAACCUUGCAGAAAAAAUUUUGUACUUGAUCUUCUAUCAUCUUAUCUUGUUCUUCUUUUCCUGGUCUUUUUGGGUUACCGUGUUCACACCUGUUGCCGUCCCUCCAUUUGAAUACAACUUAUCAAGUUCAGAUGUUGUUACCAGAGAGUUACUUGGCAGCACAGCAGAAAGGAAAAAGAUUAUUAAUAAUUUUGGAAAGUCAUUAGGUGUGCAAUGUCGUUUAGUGACUGGAGAUGUUAGGUUCUGUGAGAAAUGCAACGCCAUCAAACCAGAUCGAGCUCAUCACUGUUCUGUAUGUGGCAAGUGCAUUUUGAAGUUGGACCACCAUUGUCCCUGGGUGAAUAAUUGUGUGUGUUUUUCCAAUUACAAAUUCUUCCUUCUCUUUCUGGUUUAUGGUCUGCUCUACUGUCUCUACAUAUUUUCAACUUCAUUCAAAUAUUUCAUCAUCUUCUGGGAGGUUGGAGUAGCGAGCACGAUAUCAUCCAACAUGGGUAAUCUUCACGUAGUUUUUCUCUUCUUCAUCAGCGCCAUGUUCUUCAUAUCUAUCACUGUCCUACUGAGUUAUCACGUCUAUCUUGUGGUCCUCAAUCGAUCAACUAUUGAAUCCUACCAAACUCCUAUGUUUGCCAACGGUUUGAAGGAUGAACAUGCAUUUAAUCUCGGUUACAAGGCCAACUUUUAUGAGAUUUUUGGCAAAAAUCCCAAGUUAUGGUUCCUUCCUGUUUUUUCAAGGUUAGAUUGA